AUGGCACUCGUUGAAAAGGAACUAUCAAGCACCGAGAAAGAUAUCAAUGUCCCGUUCACAGUGCUUUCUCUACCAGAAACUGUUCAGAUUACAAACGGGGCGACAGGCCCUUUCCGAGGCUCGUUGCUUCUGACAACCCGAGGCCGAGCUGAGCUGCCAUCUGCUCUGGUAUUACUGAAUCCAAAACCACCCAAUAAUGCCACGGUCCUUCUAGACAAUUUCUUUGGACGUCAGUUUAACUCCAUGAAUGACCUCAAGAUACACCCGAGUGGGAAUAUAUUUUUCACUGAUGAUAGCCUUGCCUUUACAGACAACGAAAGGCCGCCUCCUUUGCUCCCAAGCCAGACCUAUAUGUUUGAUCCAAGAACAGGUCUAGUUAAAAUGGUAGCCGAUGGGGUAGUCGUCCCUAACGGAAUCGCGUUCAGCCCGGACGGCACAAUAGCUUAUAUAGCCGAUUCUGCUUCUGUGGCAACUGAUCAAACUCGACCAGCUACAAUCUAUGCUUUUGACGUUGAUCCAGAGUCGUUUACAUUCAAGAAUCGCCGGGUCCUAUGUUACAUUGAUUCUGGAAUACCAGAUGGAGUUCAAGUAGAUACUGAAGGAAAUGUGUACGUUGCUAGCGGCGAUGGUGUUCAAGUAAGUAUUGAAAAGUCAACUGUACAAACGAAAUUGCUGAAAGAAUCCAUCCAGGUGUUCAGAAAAGAUGGUGUUAUUCUUGGAAAGCUGUUUUUUGGAGCAAGGGUGGCCAACAUGGCAUUCGCAGGAGAUGGAAACUUGGUGGUACUCGUCAGUAGUGCAAUUUUUCUCGCCAAAAUUAACGCCAAAAGUGCCCUGGUCUCUAUAUAA